CUUUAUCCCUGGACUGUUUAUAGAAACGCUUUUGAAUCAGCAUCAACGUGUGUAUACAAAACAAAAAGAAGCUGAAUGCUGUCCAGUUUGUCAGCCAUGAUGUCCCAUGGAUUUAAAAGUAGUAAGCAAGACUUCACAUUUGGACCAUGGAAAGUUACUGCUGCAAAAACCCACAUCAUGAAAUCUAAAGACAUUGAACGCCUAGCUGAGGAGAUGCACAUGCCAUCCCUCCCUGAGAUGUUGUUUGGGGACAAUGUGCUGUGCAUUCAGCACACAGAUGGCUUCGGGAUCGAGUUCAAUGCCAUCGAUGCCCUGAAGCGUGUCAACAACAUGCAAGACUCUGUAAAAGUGGCUUGCGCACAAGAGUGGCAGGAAAGCCGUGCUGAUUCAGAACACUCCAAAGAGGUGGUCAAACGCUAUGACUGGACGUACACCACAGAUUACAGAGGCACCUUGUUAGGUGACGACUUGAAGAUAAAGGCGACACCCACGACAGAGCGCAUUGACAUGGAGAAGCUGAAAGCACGAGAGCAGAUCAUGUUCUUCGAGGAUGUUCUGCUGUUUGAGGACGAGCUCCACGACCACGGGGUCUCCAUGAUCAGCGUGAAGAUUAGGGUGAUGCCCACCAGUUUCUUUGUACUGCUGCGGUUCUUCUUACGAGUGGAUGGAGUUCUGAUCCGAAUCAAUGAUACUCGGGUGUAUCAUGAGGCUGGUAAGGAUUACAUGCUGAGAGAGUUCACUACUCGAGAAAGCAAAAUUUCAGGACUACAGCAUGUUCCACCUGCUCUGUUCACCGACCCCAACGAGAUCUCCCAGCACUUACCCCUAAAGCUGACGGAGUGCGAGAAGCUGGAGUUUCCUGAGACAGGGUCCACGGACGCGCCACAGUGACGGACGCAGCGAUCCGGACAGGCAAAGCAGGGGGAGGAGGAGGUGUGAGUCCAAAGCUCAGUGGCUUCAUCCAGACUCUUCAGCGUGGCCGUGGGGAGAUCUAGGCAGAGUUGCCCCACUCUUGAAUGACUUCAGCACCUCAGACAUGGAAGAGCCACAAAAGACUUUCUGAAACACAAGAAACUCCAAACCAAGCCCCUCUCCAAAAACCCAAGAGUAGACGGAACUUCACGUUAGCGUAGUCAAGGGUCUUUUGUUUGAGAUUUGCGAAACACUUGCGUCAUGAGCACUUGUAAAAGAAAUGUCCUCGUUAUUUGUACUUAAUCAAAUGUAAAAGAAUGAUACAUAUUGAUCUGCAUUUUUCUGAGGAAAUCCAGUAACUUGGGGUAAAGACUUUAUAAAUCACAAAAUUGAUCUUGGCAUUUUGAAGUGGAAGUCUUUUUAUUUCCAUGUAUUGAUCCUUAUGAUAUAACAUGCAGGUAGUGGAUGCCUACUCAAACUACUGGUAAUCUGGGUCAUUCGUGCAUACUGUAAAAUUGAUGUAUACAAUUAUCAGCCGUCACAAAA